AUGACCAGAUCAGACAUUAGUUAUGCGGUUCAGAUUCUUGGUCAAUUUAUGCAUGCACCAAAGCAGUCUCACAUGGAUACAGCUUUAAAGGUAAUUAAAUACCUGAAAGGAUGUCCGGGUCUAUGGUUAUUAUUCUCUCAAGAUAAAAAUCUGAUAAUAAUGGCUUACUACGACUCAGACUGGGGUACAUGUCCUAUGAUAAGGAAAUCAUUGACAGGCUUCUGUGUAAAACUUAGGGAUUCACUUAUCUCAUGGAAGACAAAGAAGCAAUCCACUGUCUCUCUCUCUUCAGUUGAAGCAGAAUACCGGGCAAUGACAAAAACUACUUGUAAAAUAAUAUGGAUUUGUGGUCUGUUAGAGGAUCUAGGCGUGACAAUCUCAGAACCGAUUGGACUCUAUUAUGGCAACAAAGCAGCAAAGAAUAUCUCUAUCAAUCCAGUCGUUCAUGAAAGAACUAAGCAUAUAGAGAUCGACUUGUGA